CAUCGACAGUGAUAUGGGGGACAUAAGAGAAUUCCCAUUACAUGUCCACAACGACCAGUCUCCUCCUCCUCAUGUUUCCAUCAGAUGAUGUGCAGCCUGUGAUGGAGCCGGACACGCACUGACCCCGCACUGCACCUGCUCCGUGCCCCAGCCCUGUGGCCGCAUUCCGCACGCAGGGCACCCGGCAGCCACACGCCCGCCCGCGGGAUGCCGGAGGAGCGGCUGUGUGAUGCACCAGUCACGGAGGAGGAUAACGCUGUGCUUGUAGAGGCAACCUGCCAGCCACAUCCGAGGACCGACUCCGACAGCGUGGAGAGCAACGAGACCCCCAGCCCCCCCACAUGCAAGAUCUGCUUCCAGGGGCCAGAGCAGGGGGAAUUACUUAAUCCAUGUCGAUGUGAUGGAUCAGUGAGGUACACACACCAGCUCUGCCUAUUAAAGUGGAUUAGUGAAAGGGGAUCCUGGACCUGUGAACUAUGCUGUUAUAGAUACCAUGUCAUAGCUAUCAAAAUGAAAAAACCAUGCCAGUGGCAGCGUAUAACCGUAACUCUGGUUGAAAAAGUCCAAAUGAUUGCAGUAAUCCUUGGAUCUCUCUUCUUAGUAUCUAGUGUUACAUGGCUUCUCUGGUCAGCAUUUAGCCCUUACGCCGUAUGGCAAAGAAAGGAUAUCCUAUUUCAGAUCUGCUAUGGAAUGUAUGGCUUCAUGGAUUUAGUUUGCAUAGGUUUAAUUAUCCAUGAAGGAGCAGCUGUGUACAAAGUUUUCCGGCGAUGGCGAGCAGUGAACCUUCACUGGGAUGUGUUGAAUUAUGAUAAAGCUACAGAUAUAGAGGAGACCAGUCGUGCAGUGCCUUCAACCAGUAGGACAUUGUGGUUGCCUUUGACCGCAUUGAGAUCCAGGACCUUAGUUCACCCUACACAGCUAAGUUCUCCUCGGCUCCAGUGUGGAUAUGUACUGUUACAUUUGUUUAAUAGAAUAAGACCUCCUCCUGAAGAGUCUUUAGAGGACAACAGUUCUGGUGAAGUUGUAAUGAGAGUGACUUCGGUAUAAGUAAGACAACUUCUGUGUUCCUAAGAAGAAUUGGACAUGGUUUCCCGUUCUGGACAGUAUUUUGGAAUGUUGGUCCAAUGAAC